AGAGAGAAGCAUAUCAUGACAUCAUUUUGGACUGAGACCAAAAGGACAACUGAAGAAUGUGCAUGCGCUAAUCCACAUGCAGAUGCUCUAAUUAUCCAGAAGUCUAUCCAAGGAAUUAGAGAAAAUGAGCAAACUCUUAUCAGCAUUAUCACAGCAAGAUGUUAUUCACAGCGGCAGUUGAUUAUUAAGGAAUAUCGUAAAAUAACUGGAAAGGAGCUGAAAGAUGACUUGAAGACUAAUAUCACUCUUAACUUUGAACGUCUGGUGAAGGCUCUUAUUACUUCACCGGCCACAUUUGAUGCAAAGCAAUUAAAGAAAGCCAUGGAGAGCUAUGAAAGUGAUAAGAGUAUAAUGAUCGAAAUUCUAACUACCAGGAACAAUAAACAACUGAAGGAGCUCUCUGAGGCCUAUUUUAAUGAGUAUAAGAAGAAUCUUCUUGAUGACAUUAAUUCAGGAACAACUGGAUACUUCAGAAAAGCAUUGAUCCUUUUGACAGAAGGUAAAAGAGAUGAAAGUCUGGAAGUGAAUAAAAAUCUUGCAAAACAGGAUGCUCAGAGUCUGUAUGAAGCUGGUGAGAGAAAAUGGGGUACAGAUGAAGAGAAAUUCAUCGAGAUCCUGUGUUUAAGGAGCUUUUCUCAGCUGAGACUAAUAUUCGAAGAAUAUAAAAUCAUCAGCCACAGAGAAAUCGAGGAGAGCAUUAAGAGAGAGAUAGCAGGUCAUUUGGCAGAGUUAUUGUUGGCUAUCGUUAAUUGUGUGAAGAACACAGCUGGCUUUUUUGCUGAAAAACUGUAUAAGGCUUUAAAGGGUACUGAAACUGAUAAAUGGGCUCUGGAUCGAAUAAUAGUUUCCAGAUCAGAAACUGACCUUUUGGAUAUUCAAACAGCAUACAAGAAGCAAUAUGGGAGCUCCCUCCAUUCAGCUAUUCAGACCUCGCAGACACAUGUUUCGGGGCACUAUAAAACUGGCCUCAUGAAUGUGAUAAAGAUGUCUGAAGGAAGAUAAUCUGGAAGUUCUCAUUUUCCUGUGAUGUGUCUCCACUAUCUACUGAUAAUCACUUUCUUUGAAGUUCAAAAAUGCAUAAGCCAAUGGAAAUAGUUUGUUUUCUUAAUUAUAAUUUUCAUUGAUUCAUAAUAAAUAAAAUCUUACUUUUAGUGCACCUCAUAAA